UACCGAUGACGACGAUAGUACAAGCUUUGUAUCUGAAAGUACAAUAUCUGAAUAUUUUGAUUCCAACGACUAUGAUACAGAAAUAGAAGCCUUUACUUUAGAUGAAAUAGGAUUGAAUAGAGCUAGAGCUAGAGCUUUUGUUGAAAAUGAUGAGAUUUUUGACAAUGAAAAUUUUUGGAAAGAUGAUGAGGAAUUUGAGGCAUAUUCGACAUCUUCAACAAAUUUAAAUUUAAUUACUCCAGAUUUUUCAAAUGAUGAUAGUAUACUUAUAGAAAACAUCGAAUCUAAUAUUAAUAAUACUGAAAAAAAUUUGCAAACUAAGAAGAUUGAUAAUAAAAGCAAAAAAUUAUCAACUAUGUUAUCAACUACAUCAUUAACAUCUAAUCCUAUAAGACAACAUAAACAUCGAACUAUAGAAAAAGAGAAAGAAAUACUUGAGCAAAUUCUUUUAUAUGAAAAGUUUCCUGCAAAUAAACUUGAUAAUAUUCUUCUUCAACUUCAGAUAGAAUCAAUGGAAUGGACUGAGACACGUGUAAAGACUUAUUGGAGAAAUAAUCAUUUGACUAAAAAAUGA